CGACCUAUUAGAAAAAAUGACCAUUUCACAUUAAAUGACUUUGAAGUAAUCAAUGCCGAUAAUGUAAAGAAAUAUUAUAAAGAAAUAUUACUUUGCAAAACAUGUUACCAUACCCAAUUCGAAGAAUUAGAAAUCGAUGAUCCAAAAGCAGAAAAAUAUUACAAAAAAGAAGGAAUUAAUAAACUAACCGAAUGCAACUUCUGUUGCAAACCAAUUAGAAAAAAACAAGGCUACCAACUCUGGAAUACAGGACAAUAUAUAAAAAAUGACCAUUUCACAUUAAAUGACUUUGAAGUAAUCAAUGCCGAUAAUGUAAAGAAAUAUUAUAAAGAAAUAUUACUUUGCAAAACAUGUUACCAUACCCAAUUCGAAGAAUUAGAAAUCGAUGAUCCAAAAGCAGAAAAAUAUUACAAAAAAGAAGGAAUUAAUAAACUAACCGAAUGCAACUUCUGUUGCAAACCAAUUAGAAAAAAACAAGGCUACCAACUCUGGAAUACAGGACAAUAUAUAACAAGAUAUGGUAUACACGCAAGUAAAAGUAUCAAUGAAUUAAAAAUUUAUAGACUAAUUGCUUUAAUUAAAGAAGAAGAAACUUUACUCGAUAAGGAAGGAAUUCCUAAACAAUAUAACUGCAAAACAAUACUUUUACAAGAAAAAGAAA